UGAUGUCUGAUCACUCAUCUUUGUGCUCUCAGCCUCACGCCCCAGCCCCAUCGAUCCGUCCAACCAUCGACCUCCCACGGCACUCGGCAUGCAUAUAGCAGCAACUACUCCGAGCACUGCAGUGAAGUGAGUAAGGUGCUGUACACAGAGAGAGAGAGAGAGAGACGAUGGAUCGGAGGAAGAUCAGGGUGCUCCUAGUGGAGGACCAGGAGAUCCACAGGGUUGUGGCGAGAGCGGUGCUGAGGGCGGCCGGUGUGGAGGCGGACGAGGCCAAGAACGGCGCCGAGGCGGUGCGGCGCGUGCGGGACGGCGGCGCGGGCGCGUAUGAUCUCAUCCUCACGGACAAGCAGAUGCCGGUCAUGGACGGCCACGAGGUAUAUAUAUACAUGCACCCCCGCUGCGCGCGUCAGCCCAGGCCGCCUGAUGAGUACGUGUGCGUGUGGCGCCGCCGAUCACGCGCGUGCAUGCAGGCGACGAGGCAGAUCCGGGCGAUGGGGGUGACCACGACCAUCGUCGCCGUGUCCAGCGACAGCCUCCCGUCGGAUGUCCAGGCCUUCAUCGCCGCCGGAGCCGACGACUUCACGCCCAAGCCGCUGACCAAGGAGAAGCUGGGCAACAUUCUCUCCAAGUUCGGGCUUGCGUAGCGGCCAUUAACAAGUGCAGUGCUUAGCUUGGCUCAGGAUGCGAACAUGCUUGAUUCCUGCAGAUGACGAGGCACUGGUUCCCGUAGAUGGAUUAGUGCUAUCAGUACUGUUUCCUCCUUGCUUCGCUCAUGUAAAUACAUAUGGAUCAGUUGCUUUUGGCGCAUAUUUAUGGACUAGUAAAUUGCCCGUGCGUUGCAACGGAGUCCAUGUUGUCGCUUUGCCUAUCUGCCAUGGUCACACUGUUUAUGUAUUCACGUUAAACGUGAUCAAUCCCAAAGCGAUGAGACUUAAUUGCACGCAGAAUAAAUCAUUAACUCCUUUUA